UUAGAGGUGGAAACGUCCGUUGUCAUAGAAACGGCACGCUUGCGGGUUUAUAAUAUGAUCUAGUUGAUAAUAAAUAUUAAAUACCGUUUACUUGAAACAAUUAUUUGGCGUUACAGAUGAGCUCCUAAACCAACAGCUGCACUUUAAUAACUUAUUGACAGUGUCUGGGAGCCGCAGGUCAGAUGAGCAGGCUACAGUGUGUCGGGACGUCCUCAAAAGUCCCCUCAAAGGAUGCAGAAGCUGUAAAACCAGGAAUCCUGAACUUCAGAGAUGGACCAGUGAAUAAAUCAGUCCAGUGCCCAAAACAGCCUCAGAAAUCCAAACUGAGCACUCAGCCAGAGGGACAUCAUCCACCAGCGAUCACUGAGAGAAGACCUGACAAAGGAGAUGACAGGAACACAGUGGAUCCAGAGCUGGUCUCAGAUCCUCAGCAGAAGAGCAUCUUUAAAAAGACAAAUGUCAAGCACAGACCAUCCCGGAGCGAGCCACACACCGGUUUACAGGCUGUGUCGGCUGCAGACACGAACACGCACAGGCGAGGAAAGUCACACAGACCCUCUGCUCCUGUCAGUACAGAAGAGAAGUCCGUAAGUGUGGAAUGUGUGCCGAACCUACAUGAACCUGUAGUCCAGGUGCCCCGACAACCAGGAAUGCCAAAAUGUGGAUCUGACCAAAGCACAAGAGAGGAAGAGAAUGGAGAUGAAGAAGAGGAGUGUGAAGAAGAGGAUGAGGACACGGCUGAGAUCCGUGCUCCCAUUGAGCUGCUUGCAGAGUUUUUAAAGGCUGUGAUGGAAAGGAAGUAUGCACUUGCCAAGAAACUCUGCCAAAUGAUUCUUAUUUAUGAACCAGACAACCCCGAGGCCAAACACUUCCUCCCGCUAAUUGAAGAGAGACUACUGAUAGAAGAAACCCAGAAAUGCACCAGCAGUGAAGACAACACAUCUGAUGACUAUGAUGAUGAUGAUGAUGAUGAUGAUGAUGAAAGCAGCAGUAGUGGUGAUGAUGAUGAUGAUGAUGAUGAUGAUGAUGAUGAUACAGGUACUGAUACAGAUGGAGGAAACAGCUGCUCAUCAUCAUCUGACAGAGAGAAGGAAGUCAUUAUCCAGCAGUGAAGGCCGUCUCCUCAACAGCUGUCUAAACCUAUAUGCACAUUUUUGGGUUAUUACCGUAAUGUCCCUUAAGUUUCAUUGUGCCUUUACUAUUAUAUUAUAUCCUGCAAUACUUUGAAGAUCAAAGCACAACUAAAUUUAAUUCUGAAUAAUAUCUGAAUAUUAUAUUUUUUUCUGAAUAGUAAUUGUGUAGUGACAUACUGUUCAGUAAUGUACUAUGCAGUUUGGGACAAAGCCCAAGUACACAAAAAUUCACUGAUGGUCUGUAUUACUAAUUUUCUGAGAAUAAAAUUGUACAUUGUACACAAGAA